AGUGGAAGGGAGCAUUGAUUUUGUGUAUAGCAAUUUGGGUUGCUCUAAUUUUGAUGCUAACAUGUCUCUGCAUUUUGUUCUUCUGUGCACCCAAAAAGUAAGGCCAUCUUUUAACAGUUAAGGAAAAUUCGAGACUGUCCAGGCACCUGGAAGAAAAUCUGAAGUUGAAAUAGAUAACCAAAUUACGGAUGAAAAGGAGGCAACUCUUGGUCAAUUUAUUCAAAGCUUGUAACGAUGGGAAAUCAGCAGCAAAAUUACACUCACUACUUCUCAAAACUGGGUUUUCCCAUGACAGUUUUUUCACCACAAAGCUCGCUUCUGUGUAUUCUAAAUUUAUUUCCAUUGAAGAAGCUCAGAAACUGUUCGAUGAAAUGCCUCAAAGAAAUGUUUAUCUCUGGAACUCAAUUCUUAGAGCUUAUUCUAAACAAAAACAAUGGAAAAAAGCUUGGGUUCUUUUCAAAAACAUGAUAUCUAAUGAAAAAGGUGACAAAAAUGAGCCUGAUAAUUUUACUCUGUCUAUAGUUUUAAAGGCUUGUGCAGGUUUACGGUUGCUUCAACAAGGGGAAAUUUUACAUGGAUUUUUGAGGCAAAAUGAAAAGGUUGGAUUGGAUUUAUUUGUGGGUUCUGCUUUAAUUGAAUUUUACUCAAAAUGUGGCCAAAUGGGUGAUGCGUUGAAAGUUUUUGAGGAGUUUGAGAAACCUGAUGUUGUUUUGUGGACUUCAAUGGUGAGUGGUUAUGAGCAGAAUGGUUGUUUUGAAAAGGCUGUGGCCUUUUUCUCAAGAAUGGUAGCAGAGGAGGGUGUUGAACCGGAUCGUGUAACCCUUGUUAGUUUAGUUUCUGCUUGUGCUAAGUUGAUGAAUCUUAAGCUUGGAAGGAGUGUACAUGGUUUUGUCAUUAGGAGAGGGUUGGAAAAUAAUUUAUCUUUGGUUAACGCAUUGUUGAAUUUGUAUGCAAAGACAGGUGUCGUGGAAGUAGCCGAAAAUUUAUUUAGGAGGAUGGUAGGGAAAGAUGUUGUAUCGUGGAGCUCAAUGAUUGGUUGCUAUUCUCAUAAUGGGGCUGCUGUUGAAGCAUUGCGUCUUUUCAAUGAAAUGAUCAACCAGGGAUUUCAACCUAAUGCAGUUACUGUUGUUAGUGCACUUCAAGCGUGUGCAGUUGCUUGUGAUCUAGACAAUGGUCAGAAGAUUCAUGAACUUGCAACUAACAGAGGUUUUGAUUUAGAAGUCUCAGUUUCCACCACUCUGAUUGAUAUGUACAUGAAGUGCUUAUCACCAAAUGAAGCUGUUAAUGUCUUUAGAAAAAUGCCUAGGAAAGAUGUAGUCUCCUGGGCUGCUUUGUUAAGUGGGUAUGCUCAAACUGGGAUGGCUGACAAGUCUAUAGGGGUCUUCAGAGAUAUGCUAUCUAGUGGAAUCCUACCUGACGCUGUUUCCAUGGUAAAGAUUCUUGCUUCUUCUUCGGAGUUAGGUAUUCUUCAUCAAGCUGUAUGCCUUCAUGGUUAUAUUACUAGAAGUGGCUUUGAUAGUAAUCCUUUUGUUGGGGCUUCUCUCAUAGAGUUGUACUCAAAAUGUGGUAGCUUAGACUAUGCAAUAAAAGUAUUUAAAGGAAUUAUAGAUAAGGAUGUUGUUCUCUGGAGUGCUAUGAUUGCUGGCUAUGGAAUUCAUGGAAAAGGUAGAGAAUCAUUAAAGUUAUUUGAACAGAUGGUUAAGAGUUCUGCAGCUAGACCUAACAAUGUCACUUUCCUCUCUAUUUUAUCUGCCUGUAGCCAUGCAGGUUUGGUUUUGGAGGGGAUUGAAAUAUUCAGUAUGAUGGUAAAUGAUUAUGGACUGGGUCCUACUUCAGAGCACUAUGGCAUAGUUGUUGAUCUUCUAGGCCGUACAGGAGAGUUAGACAGGGCCAUGGACAUUAUAAACCGAAUGCCAGUUCCAGUUGAGCCCCAUGUUUGGGGUGCCUUGCUUGCUGCAUGUAGGAUUCAUCACAAUGUUGAGAUAGGAGAGUUGGCAGCAAAGAAUCUUCUCUGCUUAGAUUCUAAUCAUGCAGGUUACUAUAUUCUAUUAUCUAAUAUAUAUGCUGUUGAUGGGAAAUGGGGUAAUGUGGCAACAAUUAGAACUCUAAUAAAGGAGAAGGGCUUAAAGAAGAUGUUUGCACAGAGCAUGGUUGAGAUAAAGAAUGAGGUUCAUAGCUUUGUUGCUGAUGAUAAAUUUCACCCAGAGAGUGAAAGGAUUUAUGAACUACUAGGAAAAUUGGAAUUGACAAUGAGGUUGCAACUAGAAAAUAUAUAUGGACUUUCUGAAGCUUUAUUAAAUUUUAAGAUGACCUGAAUUCAUCCACCAUUGAGAUAUCUGCAUGAUGGGUAGCCACAAACAAUAUUGUAAGAAUAGGAUUUCAGAUCGAAAGUAAAAUUUAAUGGUGAUUAAAAUGAUUAUAGCAUGGAGUUUUUGAAGAGAGCAACAUAAAGAUAUCUUCCAGCGGUGACAGCUGCAAAUGAAUUCUGGAUUUCUUCUGCAUCUGAUGAAAUUUAUGUUGAUACCUUGAUCCAAACAUGAGGCCUGUGACAAUGCCAUGCAGAAGCCUUAUUUAUUAACUUCCUCUCGUACUUCGGUUUAGGAAAUCUAGAAUUCUGGAAAGCCUAGGUGCCCCUGUUUGGUGUGGUAGUAUAAUCCUAGGGCUGAUGAGCACAGAAGAGCAUGGAGUUUAAAUAGCCAGCACUUUGAGGUCUGCGUCCUGCAUGCUUUGCCGAUGUCAAAGUCCUUUGCUUUUGCCAAGUCACGUUCAGCUGGUUUACAAUCCAACUUCAUUUAGACCUGUGGAAUUUAUUCUUUUGUGGUUCCCAUCGCAAUGUCCUGAUGUCAGCUACAGCUUACAUCCCAGAGUAUAGCUUAUGCCGGUCUUCAUUUUGCCGUAACAGGUAAAUUGUGAUGACAUAUUUGCUUGAGGAGAUGGAAUUAAAGAAAUAUGGCUCAAGACGUUGCAAGGUAUAGUUAGUGAAAAACGAGUGGGCCAAGUUUAACAAACCUACCCCCCUCUUUUGUGAGGGGAAAUAAAGGUUCACCAAUUACUGGGCCAUAUGCAAGCCCCCAACUUUGGGCCCCAAAGAGAGAGAAAGAGCUCAACAUUAAUCCAUGCACUCAUAUGUUUUUUGUCAAGUUGAACUGCAACAUUGUUGUCAGAUUAGAUUGCCAUGUUGUCUUUACCCCCAACUUGAGGCUGGUCUUGUUGUGGGAUUGCUUAAGGACCUUGAUUGCUGUUCCUCUUUUCUGGAAACAUUUGGGAUAUUAAAAAUUCAUCUUAGUACAUUUGUGUAUCAGCCCACGUGAUUGAGCUUGAGCUUGUAAUUUAAGGUUCA